UAUCUCUCUUAUUUCCAGGUUGGCUCAAAAGCAGAAGUUGCUCAGUGUAAACAGAAAUUUGCCAGCUCUCCAGACCCCGCCAUCAGCCAGACCUUCAUGUUGGACAGGGCGUUCAACCCUGAGGGGAAGGCUUUGCCCCCACUGAGAGGGUUUAAGUACACCACCUGGUCCCCCAUGGGCUGCGAUGCUAAUGGCAGGUGCCUCUUGGCAGCUCUGACCCUGGACAAUCGCCUGACCAUCCAGGCUAACCUCAACAGGCUGCAGUGGGUCCAGCUGGUCGACCUGACUGAGAUUUACGGAGACCGUCUCUUUGAGACCAGUUACAGGUUCUCUAAAACCGAGGCCCCCGGAGGGAACCUGGCGGACUUUGCUGAGUUCCAGAGGAGACACAGCAUGCAGACGCCAGUGAGGAUGGAGUGGUCGGGCAUCUGCACCACGCAGCAGGUCACGCACAACAAUGAGUGCCGGGACGUGGGCAGCGUGCUCCUGGCCGUCCUCUUUGAAAACGGCAACAUCGCUGUGUGGCAGUUCCAGCUGCCUUUCGUGGGGAAGGAGUCCAUCUCUUCCUGCAACACAAUCGAGUCGGGAAUCAGCUCUCCAAGUGUCUUGUUUUGGUGGGAAUAUGAGCACAAUAAUCGGAAAAUGAGUGGCCUUAUUGUGGGGAGUGCCUUCGGACCCGUAAAAAUCCUCCCUGUCAAUCUCAAAGCCAUUAAAGGCUAUUUCACGCUAAGGCAGCCCAUUGUCCUGUGGAAAGAAAUGGACCAGUUGCCCGUGCACAGCAUCAAGUGUGUGCCGCUCUAUCACCCUUACCAGAAGUGUAACUGCAGCUUGGUGGUGGCCGCCAGAGGACCCUAUGUGUUCUGGUGUCUCCUGUUGAUCUCCAAGGCAGGUCUGAAUGUUCACAAUUCCCACGUCACGGGCCUUCACUCGAUGCCCAUCGUUUCCAUGACGGCAGACAAGCAGAACGGGACCGUAUACACUUGCUCCAGCGACGGCAAGGUGAGGCAGCUGAUUCCCAUCUUCACUGAUGUCGCCUUGAAGUUUGAACACCAGCUGAUUAAGCUGUCAGAGGUGUUUGGCUCAGUGAGGACACACGGGAUAGCGGUGAGCCCCUGCGGUGCGUAUCUGGCCAUCAUUACAACUGAGGGCAUGAUCAAUGGCCUCCAUCCCGUUAACAAAAACUACCAGGUCCAGUUUGUUGCUCUCAAAACUUUUGAAGAGGCAGCUGCUCAGCUCUUGGAAUCUUCGGUUCAGAACCUCUUUAAACAGGUAGAUUUGCUAGACCUCGUGCGCUGGAAGAUUCUGAAAGAUAAAUAUAUCCCUCCGUUUUUACAAGAAGCUUUGGAAAAGAAGAUCGAAAGCAGCGGGGCCACCUACUUUUGGCGUUUCAAGCUUUUUCUCCUGAGGAUUUUGUAUCAGUCGAUGCAGAAAACCCCUUCCGAAGCUUUGUGGCAGCCCACCAAGGAGGACUCGAAAGUCUUGCUAGUCGACUCCCCUGGGAUGGGCCCCAUGGAGGACGAGCAAGAAGAAGGCACGUCCUCCAGACAGGCGAGUAAGCAAGGCCUUCAGGAGAAGAGCAAAGAGGGGGACCCGGACGACCCCGCCGAUGACUCCCUCACCCAGGCGGGAGAUGUCGGAGGCCAUGAGCCGAUGGAGGAGAAACUGCUGGAAAUCCAGGGGAAGAUCGAAGCUGUGGAAAUGCACUUGAGCAGGGAGCACAUGAAGCGGGUCUUGGGAGAAGUGUACCUGCACACGUGGAUCACGGAGAACACCAGCGUCCCCACCAGGGGGCUCUGCGACUUCCUCAUGUCUGACGAGGAGUAUGACGACCGGACAGCGCGGGUGCUGAUUGGCCACAUCUCCAAGAAGAUGAACAAGCAGACCUUCCCUGAGCACUGCAGUCUGUGCAAGGAGAUCUUGCCUUUCACGGACCGCAAGCAGGCGGUCUGCUCCAACGGCCACAUCUGGCUCCGGUGCUUUUUAACCUACCAGUCCUGCCAGAGCCUGAUCUACAGAAGGUGUUUGCUCCACGAUAGUAUUGCCCGCCACCCGGCUCCGGAAGACCCCGACUGGAUCAAGAGGCUGCUGCAAAGCCCCUGCCCUUUCUGCGACUCUCCUGUCUUCUGACCGGCAGCGGUGGAGUGGACUGUGAUCUGCGGGAUAGUCCGGCCGGAGAGGGGCUGGACCUGGCCUGCGCAGGGAGGGGCGCUCCUCGUGGCUGGAAAGGGGCCGAGUGAUUCCGAGUGCAGCCUCCGUCUCCGCGGCGAGAGGCAUCUGUAAGUGACGGGGCGCCGAGCCCGGCAUUGAGGUGAACGUCAGCCCCACUCCGUGCCCAGCGAGGAGCACUUGCUUUUAAAGCGUCUUCAUUGAAGCAGUUUGAACAAACACCCUGUCAUUUCUAGGAACGGAGAUUUCUAGAGACUGGAGAAGGGCCUGUGGGCUCCGUGAGGACUUAAUCCUGGCCUGGGUCCAGGACAGCCUUGUGGCUCCAGAGAGCGGAGGUGGCCGGGCACGUGGUGGUCAGUGUCCAGCAGAUGCUCACAGUGUCUGAGCGUGGGGCCUGCUCUGUCCCCAACAAAUAGCCGUGGAACCGGAUCCGCUGGUUCUUGUCUGAAAACAUUUUCCUAAACUAUAUUUUUAAGAGGUUGAAGCCAAGACUAAAAUUGGGUUUCGUGUGUCCAAAGGCCAAGUGACUCUUGUAAAGGAAUAAUUGUGACUCACUUUUAAUGAUCUCGUGUCAUCAGUUUCCUACCCCAACUCCUCAGUGUGUAAGGAUGUAGGCACUCCAGCUCAGGCGGCCACGCCCGCUUCGAACCGAACUGUGGUACCAGAGCGAGACGUCUGUGCAUAGAAAAGAAUGUUUUCUUCUUUCAGUAUUAAAUCGUGGAGUGCUUUUAAUGUU